UUUUUAGACCUAACGUUCUUCUUCUUCAUACAAGUCUACUGCUGCUCCGCCAGACCUCCACCGCUACUCCUUCUUUAAUCCGACGACAGCCCGGGUCUAGCCUAACCUAGCGUUCAAGUAGUUCUCCCCUGUCAAUAUACGAUACAGUUUACUAAUGACACUACAACCGUGCAACAAAACUCUUCCUAAUACUUACAAUAAAAGACAAAGAGAAGAAGCUAAAAGUGACUCGGAAGAGUAUGACUCUCGAUCGGAUAAUGCCGGUGAAGACGGAACUAAUCGCAAAUUUCUAAGAAGACAUCCAAGAGAAAGUAAAGACCAAAAAUUUAGCAUGACUAGCAUUAAAGCCAAUGAUGCUAGUAGCGAUUCAGAGGAUGAUCCGGGGGCAUCUGACACAGAUCAAGAGCAUGGAAUUGGUGUCAAUACCCAAAAAUUUAUCAGUCCUUUUCACAAACAUUUGGACUGCAAUUUAUCAGAAGCAGAGGUUCAGAAUUUGUCGAAGAAAAAAUGGGAGUAUAAAUGGGAAUUGCCUGCAUUUAAUAAGAAGAAUUGCAAGUGGGUAGGCACUGGAGAAUGUUUUCUGAAGGAUGUUAAUGAAAAUUUUGGCUAUGGUUUGAAAGAAAAAUUAUAUAAGCAUUGGUUAGAGACUUACGAAAAAUCUGGCGGCACUGAUUUUUGUUCAUCUAAGCAAAGAUUUUUCUUCUCCAUAUGUAAUAGCUACAGAGAUUUUUUGCAUUGCAAUAAGAAACCCUUUUAUAUCAAAGGAGUCGAAGAAGACUCAAGUAUGAAGGUUGCUUACAUCAUACAUGCGCUAAAUCACAUCUUCUCUACUAGAGAUCUUGUUAGAAAGAAUGAUUCUAAAGUGGCCAAGCAUCAAGACUCUGCUCAGGAUGAAUUACUUACUGCUGAUGGUUUCCUUGAUCGUGGGUUUACUCGUCCAAAGGUUUUGAUCCUACUUCCGUUUAGAAGUAUAGCGGUUCGGGUUGUAAAGAGGCUAAUACAACUGACUCCUCAGGCUUACAAGGUUAAUGUAGAACAUGUUGAUCGUUUUUAUGAUGAGUUUGGAACUCAAGAUGAUGAAGAUAAUGUAGAUGUUGACAAGUCUGUCCAAAAUGUUGAAAAUUCUAAGCCUCUGAAGUCUUCAAAACCAUCUGACCAUGAAGCACUUUUUGGCGGCAAUAACGAUGAUAACUUCAUGAUAGGCAUAAAGUUUACCAGGAGGAGCAUAAAGUUGUACAGUGAUUUCUAUUCCUCAGAUAUGAUUGUUGCUUCUCCUCUUGCCUUGCAUACGAGAAUUGAGGAGGCUAUGAGUAGCAAGGAAAAAGAUUAUGAUUUCCUCUCUUCUUUGGAGGUUCUUGUUAUUGAUCAUGCAGAUGUAAUAGCACUGCAGAAUUGGAAUUAUCUCAGCAAUGUUCUUGAACAUUUGAACUUGAUACCUUCUAAGCAACACGGGACUGAUAUUAUGCGCAUAAGAAAGUGGUAUCUCGAUAAAAAUGCAAGAAAUUAUCGGCAAACCAUUAUUUUAUCACAUUAUAUAAACCCAGAUAUUAAUGCGUCAUUCAAUCAUCAGUGCGUUAACCAUGAAGGGAAGGUAAAGUUGGUAUCCACGUAUAAAGGAAUUCUGCCAAAAAUUGAACGCCAAGUGCGACAGAUAUAUGAACGGUUUGUUGUAAACUCAAUCACAGAUGCUGAUGAUGCUCGUCAUGACUACUUUGUCAAGAAGGUUUUUCCAAAGAUUAAAGAUUCUAUUCAGGGAGGAAUCAUGCUCUUUGUCAGUUCUUACUUGGAAUAUGUAAAACUUCGCAACUUUUUGAAGUCACAGAACGCAUCCUUUUGUGCACUUGCAGACUACACAAAACAAAGUGAUGUAUCUCGAGCACGACUUGAGUUUUUUGAAGGAAAAAAGAAGAUCAUGCUUUAUACCGAGAGACGUCAUUUCUACAGCCGAUAUAAGAUCCGGGGCAUUAAAACUUUAAUCAUCUAUUCUCUUCCGGAUAGGAUGGACUUCUACCCUGAGAUGGUCAACAUGCUUGAGGAGGACAAUAGUAACAGCACGUCAUGCACAGUGUUCUUUUCAAAAUUUGAUCAGCUUCGGCUAGAACGGAUUGUUGGAACUACUAAUGCCCGAAGAUUGCUAACAUCGGACAAGAAUGUAUUUUUGUUCUGUUAAAGAAGACUUUAGUCUUACAGCUGCAUAACUCAGAAUUUAGAAGCUGGAUGAUAAUUUUUUUACCUUCGAAAAGCUGAAGGAGAGGAUUAGAUGGCGGCUUUCCUGUAUUUGUAUUUGUAAUUGAUUAGUUUUUGACAGAAUAGUACCUUUAACAAUUAUGUUGGUUAUAAAUUUUGAUAAAUUAAUUUUACUUAUUAAUUUGAAUGUUUCAAAUGUUUAAUUUCUUA